AGAGUCACGUGGUGCACGCCUCUUCCUCCAGACCGGUUAAAACCGACAGAAAGCCGCCGGAGUUCUGCUGCGGAGCUUCGUGGAGAAGCAGGUCCUCCAGGCUGCACACAGUGAGACCUCCACACACACACACGGCUGUUCUGUCCACUAUGUCCUCGCUCUGUGUCCUGAGGACUCGCUGCUUCCUCCGGCAGUUCGUGCCCGGUCCCUCCGCCAUGCAGAGGCACUACAGCCUGGACGUCUCCGCUCCGCUGCUCCGGACGCGGGGCUACGUGGAUGGCCGAUGGGUCUCCGCAGCCUCGGAGUUCCCUGUCCUGGACCCGGCCACCGGGGAGGAGAUCGCCCGGGUGUCCGACUGUGGCCCCGCGGAGGCCAAGCGGGCUGUGGAGGCGGCGCACCGGGCGUUUCAGUCGUGGAAGCGGUGCACCGCGAAGGAGCGCAGCGUCGUGUUGAGGAGAUGGUUCGACCUGCUGAUGCUGCACAAAGACGAUCUGGCCAAACUCAUCACGUUUGAAUGUGGUAAACCCAUGCAUGAGUCUCUCGGGGAGGUGGCGUACUCCGCCUCCUUCCUGGAGUGGUUCUCAGAGGAGGCGAGGCGGGUUUAUGGAGACCUGGUCCCGUCGCCUGCCAAAGACCGAAAGAUCCUCCUCCUUAAACAGCCUGUGGGCGUGGCCUCCAUAAUCACACCGUGGAACUUCCCCAGCGCGAUGAUCACCAGGAAGGCGGCCGCCGCUCUGGCUGCCGGCUGCACGGUGGUGGUGAAACCGGCCGAGGACACGCCACUGUCUGCUCUGGCUCUGGCUGAGCUGGCGGAGCAGGCGGGGGUCCCUGCGGGGGUCUUUAACGUAGUCCCGUGCUCCAGAGAGAAGGCUGCCUCAGUCGGGGAGGUUCUCUGCACCGACCCCCUAGUGGCCAAGAUCUCCUUUACUGGAUCCACCGCCACUGGCAAGGUGCUGCUGAAACUGGCUGCUGACACUGUGAAGAAGGCGUCCAUGGAGCUGGGAGGCCACGCCCCCUUCAUCGUGUUCGACAGCGCUGACGUCGACAAGGCGGUGGGUGGAGCCAUGGCCUCCAAGUUCAGGAACUCCGGACAGACGUGCGUGUGUUCCAACCGCUUCCUGGUGCAGAGCGGCAUCCACGACCGCUUCAUGGACCAGCUGGGCCGAGCCAUGGACGCCCAGCUGGUCCUGGGCCACGGCUCAGAGCCCGGCACCACCCAGGGCCCGCUCAUCAACGCCAGAGCUGCAGAGAAGGUGGUCCACCAGAUCUCGGAUGCUGUGUCCCGGGGAGCCACGGUGCUGAGAGGAGGAAAGCGUCUGGAGAGGUCCUUCAUGGAGCCCACGCUGCUGGCCGGCGUCACCACGGACAUGAUCUGCACCCAGGAGGAGACCUUCGGCCCGCUGCUGCCCGUCAUCAGGUUCGACACGGAGGAAGAAGCUCUGGCUAUCGCUAACGCCAGCAGCGUCGGGCUGGCAGGUUACUUCUUCUCGCAGGACGUCAGUCAGAUCUGGCGCGUGACGGAGGCGCUGGAGGUGGGGAUGGUGGCCAUCAACGAGGGCCUCCUGUCCACCCCGGAGGCCACGUUCGGCGGAGUCAAGCAGUCCGGUUUGGGCAUCGAAGGCGGCAAGUACGGCAUCAACGAAUACCUGGAGGUCAAGUACAUGUGCUUUGGAGGCCUCCAGCCCUGAACCGGGAUGAGGAUGGACUACGCAGUCAUGAAGGGAGUCAGGGUCAUCAUGAAGGUCUCAGCUGUUAGAUGAACCCAGAAUCAAGUCCAUAUAAAAGACAGCUGGUUGGUAGUUUGGUGGUCUUUAUAAAUAUCUAGAUAUAGAUAUGAUAUCUAGAUAUAUCUAUAUCUAGACGCCCUCAUUAAAUAAGAACAUAGAUAACAUCAUGCUUAUAAAGACAUCAAGAGCAGCAUCUUGUGUUGUUGGUGAAGCUAGGUAGCUUAGCAUUACACUGUUCAGAUGGUUACUAUAGUAACAUUACACUUUAUUAUAAUAGUUCCAGUUGAAAUAGAAACCUCCUGCUCUGACCUUUGUCUCUCUUAACAGUUUAGUGAGAACUGAACUAAAGCCCUAUUAAUGUUUUUAUGACACAAAGCUGACUCAUAGAGUAAUACUGAGUUAUUUGUUUGUACAGUAGAUUGUUCUUGAUUGUAAUAAACCAUAAUCAUAGUUGAUGUGAAAUAAAUCAUUUUGUAUUAAUUGAAUAUUAAAGAGGACAUUGUAAUGUUUA